CCAUGGGAAGACCCAGGUGCGAGUCAAACAACAGACCCCCACACCAGGACUUUGACAGGAGGGCAUGAACUUGUGGAUACUCUGUACAUUUUAGAGGGAAUUCGUCCGAUUUGAUGGUCGACGUUCUGCACCGACAGAACUCUACAUAAAGCCAUGUUCAGAAGCGCAACAUUGCCAGAGCGUGGUGCGGAUGAAGUCCCAGGACGGAAGAAGUCCCGAUUUAAAGCCCUGAAGACGCGUCUGUUCGGGAGGCUGAAGAGGAAGGAUGGCGAGGCACUGGGGAAGACGCAGAGCCAGUCCACUAGUGACAUCACCGCUCCCGAGGCGGCACGUGGAGGAUAUGACUCAGAGGACGACUCUCACCACCCCAAAGGCACUCUAAACUCCCGCUCGCUGUCCCAUGACAGCAUCUUCCUGGCUGACCAGGCUCAGGGGCCCUCGGAGCCCACACGGGUCCUGUCACAGGAGAACGUCCCCAGCAGGAUCAAAGCCCUACAGAUGAAACUGCAGCAGCAGAACUUCCACCUGCGGCGCCCCCCGGUGCCUUUCCCCAGUAAGCGCAUGGAGGACUCGGGGGCCACCUCAGAGGAUGACGGCCUGCCACACAGCCCUCCAGACUUCACUUUCCAGGAGCCAGCAAGAUACCAUUCCUCUUACAAGAGGAACCACAGCUGUCUCAGCCUGGCUGGGACAGGCAGUGAAGAGGAAGAACAGCCUCCAUCCAGGCCUAUCUCUCCCUGGUCCCAUUCGCACCACAGAUCCAGCAGCCCGGCCUCCCCUUCAGCAGACUUCAGUAGCCCGGCUCAGUUCACCUCCUGCCUGGACACCUCCGCCGCACGACACAGAGUCUCCGUCAAGCCCCGCAACCAGAGGCCCACCUCCAAAGCCAGGAAGCUGCCUACGAGUGUACAGAGGCCUCGCUCUGAGAGCAUGCAUGACCUGAUCCUGUCAGAAGGGGAGGAGGACAAGGUGGACAGAACUGCCAACCCUCAGGAGGAGACACCUCGCUUCCGUUCCCACUCUGCUCAAGUUGUGACAGCUGAAAGGGAAAGGCAGCUUUUCCUCGACCUCCAGGCGGAUGAAAAGCAAAAGCAAAGGAGAUCCCUCGAUCUAGAGCUACAGGAGGAGGACCAGGUGUUCAUACCCAGCCCAGAAGAUCCUCUCCCCAGAUCAGGGUCUGCUCUUAUCAUCAGUGAGGAUGAAGAACCAGAGCAGACAGAGUCAGAGAAACAGGUCACGUCCAACCCUCUUUACCUUCAGCCCAUGCCGGACGACCUGCAACAGUAUGAGCCCUGCGACGUGGCUGAAUCUCCUGUGCCUCAGUCCGUGCUCACUGAUCCUGCUGCAGAAACUUUGGAACAGUCUGUGGACAUGCAAUGUUCUGUAGAAGAGUCUGUGGAUGAGGAAUUCCCAAUGGAACAGUCUGUAGAUAUGGAGUGUUCUGAAGAACAGUCUGUUGAUGUUGAAUCUUCUGGAAAAGAGCAGCAGGACAUUUGUCAGGAGAAAUCUGGGAAUCUGACAGAAGCGCAUAAACAGGUUCCCAUCACUGCAGAAGAACCUCUUCCUAAUAUCAUUCUUCAAAAGCUGGAAUCUGAAGCACCUCCAGCGGAGAAUGAACAGAGUGUAGAUGAGCCGAUGUAUGAACACAGGCCCACCACACAGGAUGUAGGAGAGAAGAGUACUUCCUCUGAAGAGAGAAGGAAAAGCCUUCUCGGUGAUAAAAGCACACCACCUGUUCGUCUCGCAGACACUCAAAUUAAAUAUCAGCCUGUGACUGGUCUAAAUGAUAGGACACCCAUACCAGAACCUUCACGGGCUGGAUCGCUGAAGAGAACACCAGAGGCCUCUGGUACUAAGACAGAGAGAGAAAUUCCUGAAGUGGUUCUCAGGAGAGCGAGAGUGCCACCUGCUGGUCAGGAGAAUCAAAUGUCAACAAAUGGUGACAGAUCGAGGCCAAGCUCCAGACCGAACUCUGGGUCUUACCAGUUUUCAGUAUCUUCAGCCCAGCGUCGUUCCAGAAUUGUCAGUAGCGGGGAAUGGAAUGAAACGUGCUCAGAGGAAGUUAGGAAACCAGAACACACAGCUAUAGCCCCUUUGAAUAACAGCAAACACACACCAGGGAAACCCAGCAACCAAUCGGAGGAUAAACCCAAAGAGCUUCCACAGAAACACCAGCUCGCUCCAGAAAAGAGAAGCAUUGUGCGAAGAGAGACUGUGCCAAAUAGCUCUGUCACCACCACCACCACCACCAAGACAGUGGAGGAGAAGACAAACAACCAUGUCAGACGAGCCAAAGGCCCAGAACUCCAGGGCAAGACGGCUGAAAGGGAGGAGAAAACGAAUGCUUUUGGAGUGAAAUUGCGCACCACGUCGCUGUCUCUGAAGUACCGCUCUGAGACAGCCCAGUCUGAGGUCCGGAAUAACAAGCGUAACAGUUUGGAGGCCGGCAACAAGACCGCUGCGUCUGUGGAUGUGCCAGGCCCACACAUAGGCGCUCUUCCAUCUUCUGCAGAUAGGAACAGCUCAACGACUCUGAGAACAGAAACCACAAAUAAGUCCUUUGCUAUAAGGAAGCACUCCUCCCUGAAAUCAGACAUUAUACUCAACUCCACCACCAUGCCCUCUGGUUCGGAAAAUAUCAGGAGCAAAGAAACAUCAGCUACGUCUAGACAACAGAACAGAUUGUCCACCUCUUCGCUGGGUUCAGCCGAGGGCCUGAAAUCUGAGCCCACUAUGAGGACGUCUCUUCGAGACAAAGCCAAGGCCCCACAGCAAGCCCCACUCCCGAACCAACCGCCUCUUGCGCCAACAGAGCUACCACCACCGCCACCCUACUCUGCACGACCUGUGCACCUCCGGCCCUUAACCCUACGGCAUGCCAACUCAAUAGCAGGCUCAACGCCAUCGAAGCUGGGGACCAAUCCAUCGCCGGUAGCAACAGCAGCACAGAAGCCUGCAGCCAAGGAAACUCCGGACAGGCCCACGGUUUCCCGGGCGACAGACAACACUGCAGCGCAAAGGAGACGUGACUGGGCAAACACGGCUGUAGAUACGAGAGCUGUGGUUUCCACCAGCAUUAUUGAGGUGGACCAGCAGCCCACACACAGAAUCAAAUCAGCACCUGGGCCCUCUGUCACACAGCUGUCUUCAUCAUCAUCAUUCCUACGUCAGUCAGACAGGAGUCAGCCAUCUUGGAUGGAGCUGGCCAAGAGGAAGACCUCAGCAUGGAACGACAAUAACAGACAGUGAACGGAAGACACGAAAAAACCUUCAGCAGAAAGGAUUACUCCAGGCAACCCCCAAGUAGAAAACAAAGAGGAAAGAAAAUGAAAAAUCCUUUAACUUUUUGGCAACAUGUUUCAACCAUAUUUCAGGGCUUAGUCUCUAGACAAAGGUGUAUAAGCCUAACCUAUAUAGUGGCAUGUCACAUGACCUUGAAGUCACUAUUUAGGUGAAGCUAGAGAAAGAUGUUGACUCUUUAAAUCAUGAUAUAAUAAAAAAGUUAAUGAAGGCUUUUUCAAUAAUCCUUCCUCUUUGCUUACCACUUGGCGUCGAGUUGAUUUUUUGUUGUUGAAUUGGACUAACCCCCUUCGUUCAAGAGCACCCAACACUUUCGUGAAGAUACUGCAACCUUGUCUAUACGAGCUAUCGGCCACCUUUCAUAAAAAUUAUGAAGAAGACAUUUGGUGGAGCUCAAACACUUGGAGGUGACAGAACUAGAGAACUGAACUGAAUUCUGAGGAGAGUUCCGCUUUAUGACUGUUUUUAUAGUUACUUUAGCCUUAAACUUUAUCAUUCAUUGAUUAUUUGAUUCCAAAUAACGGAUGAAUGUUUUUGAUUCGAUAUUUGUUCAUUCCAUGGUAUCUGGUAUCACUCCUCUUCUUAUAUAAACAUAUAUUCUAUAUAUAAGAAUAAAAAAAGUCUGUUUGAAUCAC